AUGGCAAAGGGCUACAGAAGACUCAGUUGUCAGAUGGGAAAAAAGCGAAAGGAAGAACUCAAGUGUAUUCAGAGGAAAGUUCAGGAGAUGAGCAACCAGUGGGUAUUGCUGACCUUUCAUGCUGCAUCACUAGAGAAAACUCAAGGACGAGACAAAAGGAAGAACAAAAAACGAUCAGGAGUAAAGACUGCCUUCUAUUCCAAUUGGAGAGGUGGCAGGUGUGAUCAGAACAUGCAAACAGAGCUGAAAGGUGAAGAUAAGUUUGUCACUAAUUUGCUGUUUGUCCAAGGGGAAAACAGUGUUGGAGUGCACCUCACUCCUGCCAGAGCCACCUCUGGGUAUUUUGCAGCAGGGCAAGGGGUGGGACAUACGCUGACAAACGGCCUGAGAGAAUUUGGCUCACCAUGCCCGCCAUUUUGUGUGCCCAUCACACGCCGGGGCGGGGACUCGAACCCGAGGUCGCUCCGCCCUUCCCCUCCGCCCUUCGCGGGCGGAGUAACUUGUCCGCCGCGGGCCACCGUCUGCCGGCUGUGCGCUGCCGUGCGGGUCCGGGUGGGUACAGCGGGAGCAGGAGGAGCUGUCCUGCCCGGCUGCCGCGCCGCCAUGAGCGAGAAGGGCGAGCUGGACCUCACCGGGGCUAAGCAGAACACGGGCAUGUGGCUGGUGAAGGUCCCCAAAUACUUGUCUCAGCAGUGGAGUAAAGCCUCAGGAAGAGGUGAAGUGGGAAAACUGAGGAUUGCCAAAAAUCAAGGAAGAACAGAAGUGUCAUUUACUUUGAAUGAAGAGCUUGCAAGCAUCAGUGAUAUUGGAGGAAAACCCGCUUCUGUCAGCGCACCAAGGGAGCAUCCAUUUCUUUUGCAAAGUGUGGGAGGACAGACCUUAACAGUGUUCACAGAAAGUUCAACAGAGAACCAAUCAGAAGAAAAAUCUGAAAGUAGCAGCUAUGGUGAGUGUGGACACUUUCUUUGAAACACUUCAGUAAUGACUUAAAACUGAGCCUUUUCGGUUUUACUUUUCAAUAAAUUGGUAGCUAAAAGAAAAAGAAAGGUCUG